UUCAAUGGAUUUUUCAUUAAAAGUUUUGCUUUGAAAAGUUGUUCAAAAAUUGCCAAUAUAAUUCUUAUGUUCAAAGAAUUCAAUAUUAUUGAUAAAAUGACAGUGCCUCCACCCAGUGAUGAUCCUAGCUUCAAAGCAGCUGCUGAGCAGGAGCUGCAACGCUUUAGUGGUAUUGUAGAAAACUCCUGCUCAACUCUUCAGGGUAAACUUCUGCAGUCAAAAAAAUGGAUGGCUACGGGUGAUUCCCUCCUGAAUGUCCAUGAGCCUUCACAAGUUCAGCCUAUAGUAAUCAAGCUGUCCCCUCAUGAGCCGGAUGGUAUCAAGAAUAUCAGGAGUGACAUUGAGUCAGUAAGGAAGGUUGUCACAGCUCUCUCGGUCCUCUGCCAGGAGGUGAAGCUCCUGCUUGCUGAAGCUGAACAUGAACUCAUUCCUCCUAUUGCUCUCUAUGGUGAAGCAGUGAACACUCCUAAUCCUGAUGUGAGUGGCGAGGCCUACGUGUACAUUGCUCGCAUGUUGCCACUUCUGGGCCGCGUGCAAAGCUUUGUUGCGCGCGUGUCAGAAGUUGUUACCAAUAUAAUACUGCAGCUAAGUGCCCUGCACCCUCCUCAACAACAGCAGGCUAUCAUCUCUACUAAGGAUGUGCAUCUCCAGGUUAUUUGGGAGCAUUUAGGACGUUUAUUGGCUGUGGUCGUGUCAUUAGACCUCAUCGUGUCUGUCAACAAAGAUCUAAAUCAGCAUUGGAUUCAAUACAAGAGGCUAGUGACGAGUGCCCCAACUAUUCUUCUAAAUGAAACUCUUCCUGAUGAUGCCAGCCAAGUUCUUGAUCAGAAAACUCUGCAGCCGCUGCACAGAAUGGUCAGAGAUAUUGACGAAAACGUGAUGCACGCGGCCAUGUUUAAACAAGUGUGUAAUCGGAGCAGCAGUGCAGCCACUGCCACUGCAAGAAAUGUUCCCCUCAGAGAUGAGAUGCUCGUUGUCAUCCUGGGCUGGUGUUCACAGCUGGAGAGUCAGUGCAGUAAGCCGUGGUGGUGCGACCUGCAGCAGGACGUGGUCGCGGUGACGUGUUUACUGCAGCUUCACCAGCAUCAUUUCGACCCCGUGCCCAGCAAGCGCGCCGCCAAAGCCCUCCAGCAGCUCCUCAAAAAAGUGCCGUGCGUGACGGUGUUCGGCAGCGCGGUGUGGCGCGGAGAGCAGUUCCUGACGCGGGAGUGCGAGCGUCUCAAGUCGCUGUGGGAGCCCAAGAUUUGUGCAGCGCUGGUGCAGCAUCGCAGUCAACAUCUCACGUCCGUCACGGCCUCUCUUGGGAAACUCGCAGCCUCCACCAAAUUGCAGGUUGACGGCUGGUGCGCGGAGUUGGCCGCUGCAUCCACGAAGCCAACAAGUCAGUUCACCAGGCAGGACCUGAGCCACCGCAGUAAACUCUUCAUGCAGGGUCUGGUGCUAGCAGUAUCAGCUCGCUACACCGUGACGAGUGUGCUGAGCCUGCACCUUCAACACGGACGACUUCUCGCUCGGUCGUGCGUGCUCUCUGUGUGCUCCAUGCUACACGCAAUACACGCAGUCCGCGCUGCCUACGCCACGCACACCACCCAGCUCCUUGCACACACUCUGCCACAUGUCACGCAGUUCCUGGUCGCCCAACUACUCGCCGCUGUCAGUCAAGCUAAGAGGAAGUUGAGCGCCAGCAGCGGUAACAAGCAAACCCAGAUCGACGUUCUUGCAUGUCUGAAGAUUGUUGAAACUUGUUUGGGGAGCAGCGCCCCUAGCAUCACCAACGUCACCUCUGCCAGGGUUGCGCUCUCACUGGCCAACCAUCAGGACGUCCUCAAGGGUGACGAGCUGGCCCAGCUGGUGGUUCUGCUGCGACGUCUGGAGCUGCUGAGUGAACUGCAGGAGCGAAUAGACGCCGCUACUGACGUGGGCGUGUUGCUCUACAGACACAGUAUCAUAGCCACCACCUUCUGUGAGGUGUUCGGUGCUGCUGCCUCUGAUCCGCCUCUGCACCCCGCCACGCUGCAGGCAGUGUUGUCGUGUGCAUCUGAUGCUAAGCGCCACCUACUGCGCUGCUGUCAUCUUCAUCAGCCUCAGCUCCUUCUUGAUGCCUUCACUGAGCAGCUCUGUACUGCUAUUGAAGAAAAAGUCGUGUCACCGCUGUGCACUGCAAUAGAGACGGAGCUGAGGUUGUCGACGUUGUGGCAUCUGGAGGUGCAGCCCCGCAACCCCUUCCAGCCGUCCUCUGCCCAAGCCUCGAGCAACACUACGGGCACGGUCGCACCGCCCCCCAUAUUUGACCCCAUGCCUUUCCUGUGCCUCCCGCCCCUCAACUGCCUGGGGCGGAUCAUCAACCUCAAAGAACGCGUGGAGCAGUACCUAUCGAGCACCUUCUACGCUCUGACGGUGGUGGCACCGCACAACUGUCACUCCAACACUGAAAUGCGCACCGUAGCGCUGCAGAAGUGGGGGCUGAUGUUGCAGGACUCCCGCCUGCCUCCCCACACCACCCACCAGGGCGUUGACGUGCUUGAAGUGGUGCGCCAGCUGGCAGUGUUCGUGCGCCGCUACCACUACAGCUUGAGCCAGCAAGUGUUCGUAGAGGCAGAGAGCGACAGCAAGCACCUCAACACGCUCAACAUCACACACAUUGCCAAUUCAAUCCGCACUCACGGCGCUGGCAUCAUCAACUCUACCGUGAACUUCACUUAUCAGUUCCUCGUGGGAAGAUUCAAAGUUUUUUCCCAGUUUCUUUACGAUGAACAAAUCAAGUCACGCCUCGUCAAAGACAGGAAACAUUGGAUGCAAGUCCAAACAGUCACUGAGAAAUGGUUUCCCUUUGAACGCGCCGAGCAGUUCAACUUGGGCAUCAGGAAGCUUGGCGUCAAUGCUCAAGGCCUUUCCUACCUGGAUCAGUUCCGAGAACUGGUCACGCAUAUUGGCAAUGCUAUGGGUUUUGUUCGACUGGUGCGAUCUGGUAGCUUGCGUUGUGCGAGUAACACAAUGGAGUUCUUGCCUGCACUGAACGAGCUGAAGUCUUUUGAGCCUCUCUGUUACCAACACGACCAGGACGGCUCUGAUGCCAAGCUCACUGUGUCCACCGACACGCUCGCUGCUGCUCGUAAUCUGGAUACUGUCAUUCUCAAUCUGCAGCAAACCUUCCAGAAAGAGACGGACUUUUUCAAAAUUCUCGUAGACGUGUUCAGGAAAGCGUUGUCCACCGAGUCGUACCGUCAUCUCAAAAACUUUCAUCUCAUCAUCGCGGCGCUAGCAGUCAAUUUCGUCCAUCACUCCGUCACCGCCAAGGAUCUCCUCAACAAAAGAAGCAAGACUGGCGCCGCUUUCUGCAUGGACGGUUUUGCCAUGGGGAUCGCGUAUCUGCUGAGUGUGCUCGACCAGGGCACUGCUUUUGACGCCAUGCACUGGUGGUCGGGAGUGCGACGACAUUUUAUUUCCCAGAGAGAGAAGGUGGAACGUCAGCGGAACUCGGCGCUCGCUUCGGGCGACACUAAGUUAGCUGAAACGCUAGCAUUGACGCUCACUCGCCUGCGUGAGCAACAGCAGGAGCACGAGCUGCUGUACCUCACAGUGAGCAGCGCGAGGGGCUUCUUCAGAAACACUGAACGUCAUGAAGAGGAAGAUCCUUCGGGACAUGAUGGAAGCACAACCGAUGAGAAAGAUAGUGUAAAGAGCGUUAAUGGAAGCUAAACUUGAUAUCCUUGUGCUGAACAAAGUUAAUGAUGGACGCGAUGGAAAUGAGAAAGACAGCAUAAAGAGCGUUAAUGGAAGCUAAACUUGGCAUUCUUGUGCUGAACAAAGAUGAUGAUGAGAGACAUGAUGGAAGCACAACCGAUGAGAAAGACAGCGUAAAGAGCGUUAAUGGAAGCUAAAACUGACAUCCUUGUGCUGAACAAAGUUAAUGAUUGGUAUCACGAUGAAAGCACAACCGAUGAGAGACAGCGUCAAGACUGAUGCUAUAAGGAACGUCCAGGUGAUGAACAUAUUUACAACAUGACGAGGUUUAUCUAGCAAAUCAUAAUCAAGAAAUUUGGUUUGCCGUCCCGUGUGAAGAGUUACAGAUUGGAGGUGUUUUGUCGUGAAGGUCUUAUGUCAUCUCAUGCCGGUCUCGUAAAGAUUUAUGAUUAUGAUAAGAAAAAAAAUUAAUACAUAUAACUUACGCAAAGUGUGUGUAUCCUAUAUAAUGUUAUUCGCGUUUUUUUUUUUCAAGAUGGAAAUUAAUCAAACGUGCAUUUUUCUUUUUGGUAUGUGUAUUCAACAGUGAGUGAGUGAGUAAAUAUAUAGUUUUAACAUAAUAUUCGCAAAAUUAUAAAAUGCCAAAGAUUUUGAUACAAUACCUAUUUUAUUGUGUGGCAAAGAGUAUAUUUAAAUAUAUUAUUCAUAUUGUGAAUUUUAUCUACAUAAAAUAAA